UGGUCACAAAGUCCCCCGUGCCAGCUUCGGGGUGAGCGGCCUUUCCCCAAACGCCUGCUGGAAAUUUCCAGAGACAUCACAGCAGUCCCGAAACAAAAAGCUGCUGUGCCUCCCCGCAGGCGCUGCAUUUUGGGAUCUAUUGCUCCUGGCAGACACGCCAUGCUCUGCUUCACCGACCGAAUUUUAAGCUUCUAAAUGCUGCAUUAUUGGAGGGGUUGAUAUUAAAGUUAGUCCCAACAUCGUGACUUUUCCACCAUGUCAGAACCUAUCACGCUCAAUGUUGGAGGAAAACUCUAUACCACCUCUCUGUCCACUCUGACUAGCUUUCCAGACUCCAUGCUGGGGGCCAUGUUUAGUGGGAAGAUACCAACCAAGAAGGACAGCCAAGGCAACUGCUUUAUUGACAGAGAUGGCAAAAUCUUCCGCUAUAUCUUGAACUUCCUACGAACUUCUCACUUGGACCUCCCCGAAGACUUUCAGGAAAUGGGCUUACUUCGACGGGAGGUGGAUUUUUAUCAAAUUCAGCCGCUGAUUGAGGCCUUGCAGGAAAAGGAAGUAGAGCUUUCUAAAGCAGAGAAAAACGCCAUGCUCAACAUAACCCUUGAUCAGAAGACCCAAACCGUUCACUUCACUGUCCGAGAAGCACCCCAGAUUUACAGCCUGUCUUCCUCCAACAUGGAAGUGUUUAGUGCUCAUAUCUUCUCUACAUCAUGCCUGUUCCUGAAGCUUCUGGGUUCCAAACUUUACUAUUGCUUCAACGGAAACCUUUCUUCAAUAUCCAGCUACCUGCAGGACCCCAACCACUUGACCUUAGAUUGGGUGGCAAGUGUGGAAGGCCUUCCUGAAGAGGAGUACACCAGGCAGAACUUGAAGAGACUCUGGGUGGUGCCAGAUAAUAAGCAAAUCAAUAGCUUCCAGGUGUUUGUGGAAGAAGUGCUGAAAAUAGCCAUGAGUGAUGGUUUCUGCAUAGAUUCUUCUCAUCCACAUACUUCAGAUUUCAUGAAUAAUAAGAUUAUUCGCCUAAUUCGGUAUAAGUAGGAAUGGCUGUUUAUUGCGGUGCAGGAAGCAUGGAGAUAACACAGGUUUAGUGUUUCCCUUUAAAACACACUUACAGCCUAAUUCAGAAUCAUGCUUAUCUGGAUUAAGAGUCACUAACAAGGAGAUGAUUUUCCUUUAAUGUACUUACCAAUACGACCUUUCAGAAUAUGUCCAUAUUCUAGAUGGAAGCAAUAUUGUCUAGCGCCUGAAUUAAGGACUGGUUCUGUCUCUGCUGCCCCCUCUGACCUGCUGUACAGUUGUGGGGAAAAUCACCAAACUUCUCUCCUUUCUACUUUUCCCAGAAAAUGGAAGUGAUCCCUAGCCUAUGUUGCAAGGGGAUGUGAGGGUUCAGUAAUCAAGGUUUGGAAUGUAUCUGGAGAACAGAUGUGAUGAAAGAUGCCAUGGAGCUGCAGUGCAGCAGACAGCCCUAGGACCGAAUUUUCCAUGUCUUGUUGUAUCACCUGUGUGGAGUAUCCAAGAAGCUUGAUUGAAUCCACAGAUAAGAAGCCUCCCACGUGCACUCAAUACAGCUGUAAAGGAUGGUGCAAACUGCAAAUAAGUAAGGGAUCCCAUCUCCCUGGGUUCAACAAAGGACUUCUCUCACCAUCUGAAGUUACCUUGUGUUUUUUUUCUGAACCCUGUGAGGAAGCCCCUGCUUUAUUCUGCUUUCGGGGAAGCCAUGUUGGAAUAAUGUGACUGGCAUGGAGAACAACCAAGGAAGCCAUAGAAGAGAGAAUGGUGUUCUUACAAACAAAGAAGAUUAAACUUUUACAUUCCAAAGGCAUCCAAGACACCUAGUCCUUUUCUUUCUCUUGUAGUGUUAAUAUUUGUCUGGAGGAUGCUGCUGAAACUUUCUGAGAUGAAGAUUUUGGGGCAGAGGCCCCCAAAUGUCUUCUAAGCAUUUGAGCCUCUUCUGGCCUUCUUUUGGGCACAUCUCCCUUCAACAGUGCCUGGAGCGCAUCACAUGCUCUCUGGAUAGGAUGGAUUCCAUUUGAAAAGACAACAUUCUCAUCAGGUUACACCUAGUAUUUUUCAUUACAAAAACAGAGGCUCACUUUUCCUAUUCUAGUACAUUGAGCCUUUUUUUUUUUUAACAUCCGUGUGAAAUGGUCAGGUCACUAAAUAGCAUUUUCCUCACUUGCUUGGCUUCAGUGUCAGGUUGCCAUAGGUAAGGCAGUGGGAAUCCAGAGGUGACGACAAUGGUCACGUACACGCCUGGUCUGUGCUGUAAUGAAGAUUAUAAUUCAGUAGCUGCAUAUUGUCUCUAAACAUCAUUUGUGCCACAUUCAAAAUGGUUCUUUCUCAGCUAAUUAUGUUUAAAAGUAUCUUAACUGUAUUUCCCUAGCCAGAUGGCUAUGAGUACAUUAGAGACCCUCUGGAACAUUUUCUGGUGUCUUUAAUGAGAUAAAAGGGAAAAUGCAAUAACCAAGUUUUGCAUUUAGAAUUUUAGCACUUCCAAAGGUUCUUAGCACAGGGCUGCAAAGCUCUGUAUUACUCAUGUUCUUGUUUCCCAAAGUAACUAGUCUGUCAUUACAUUAAGCUGACCUGUGAACAAGCAUAAAGAAACUCUUUUUCUUGUAAAAAACAGUGAGAUCAGUAUAUUUCUACUGUCCCAAGCUGUAACUGCAUGAACAACACAAAUCAGCAUGCUGAUGGGAAAAAUGCACAUUCUGCAGCUCUUGUCAGCCUGUUACAGACCACUACCCUUUGUCUGACCUGUUGCUAAACCAGCAUGAUAUACGUGGGACCAUGUUGCCAGAAAGUACUUACUGGGCUUGCAGCCCUCAGAACCAUUAAACCUGGCAAAUACUGUGAAUUUUAAGGACUGCAGACAGGAUUUUGUGGCCAGAUUCUGGCUUGAGUCACCAUAUUUAUCUAGCUUUAGUUGCAUAAGGAAGAACUUUUUUUCCCCCUCAUCCGUGUCCUGAAUUAUAAAGCAUGUGUUUGCCACUCAGCUGGACAUUCACAGAGAUGACUGUGCUGUUAAUAUGAUUAUGAUCUGUAAAAUGAACCCUCCUUGAUCAAAUCUA